AUGGUAGCGAGGUACACCGCGACCAGCGUAGCCUCCCUAAUACGGGGGGUGGCGGCGACCGUGCGCCUUGCGGGCGCCGCCAAACCGGGCACGCUACAUCGUUUCCGCGCAGCCCUAAGACUUGCCCUCCACUCGGCCCAACCAGUCCUUCAAGUCCCACAUCUCCCGGGCUCGGGCCGAACCGCAGUUCGCGUCACUCAGCUCUCCCACAACGUCCCCCGUCAUCCACUCGGCCCCGUCGGCGGCGCCUUCCGGACCGGCACCUAUCGGCCUGGUUCUCGGGCGCCCCGCGGUGCCGCCCUUCCAGCCAAUGUCGGAUUGGGGAGCGCAAGGACCUUUGCUACGGCCUCACCGGCCGGCAGUAUUCCGGGAGCGACGGGUAAUGUCCCCGUUGUUCUUCGGGCGUUCUCACAAAUCUUCGACGACGAGGACAAGUACAAGCCCCUCACCCGUGGACGCCGUUACAUCCCCUACACUCCUCGUAAGGAACGUCGUACUACCCCUCGCGCGAGGCAGCUCCGCAAGCGACGUGCUCCCUCGUGCUCGUCCUCCGCCUCCAUCGGCGAGCAGCUCGCCGCAUACUUCCCCUUCCGCCCCGUCGAGGUCGAUGUCGUCCUCCCCCCUCAUCCCGAGGACCUCGUCACUCCUGGCAUGAGCGCCACCCUCGCUCUUCCAGUCGCGCCCUCUCUUGACGCUCUCCUGGCCCCUGAACCAAUUCCAUACGCGGACGCUGAAGUGGGUAUAGGCGUCCUGUCCCGCCUCUGUGAUGGUGCGGAACCGCUGCACGACGCAUACUCGGCCGCAGGAGCCCGCCUCAUUCCCCUCCUUGCAAGGAUGGAGGCACUCGGUCUCCUCAAUCCAGGUGCAUGGCCAAAGGUAUCCCUCCAGAUCCUGUGUGAUUCUGGACGGCCCGAUAUUCUUCGGGUGGUCUUCGUGGAUCGAUGCGCUGGAGACGUAUUGGCUCUUUUGGGCGAUAUGCUCGAAGCCGGCCGUUUCGCUCUCACCGACACCUACGUCGAGAGCCUCAGUCCCGCAGACGAGGCAGCCAUCGCCGAACACUGGGACAGCGUCCACCCCGCGCCUACCGUUCAGCCAUCGUCCCCCUCUAUGGAUCUCGUCAUGCCCAUGGUCGACUUAUCCACUCCGACUAUUCCAUAUGGCUCGUACGCUGAAGAGACUGAGCCGAUAUGGCCCGAAUCCUCGCCGUCCAUGUCGCCUAGUUCGACACCCUCAAUGCUCGAUAGCUGGGCGACGAGUCCGGCCCUCUCGCGCAAUCUCAGUUUUAUCGACAACUUGGAUUUGGCCAGCUUUGUCAGUUCCACCGAAUCGGAUGGAUGGUCUGUUUCGCCUAGUGAGGAGGAUAUGGCCCUCGAGGGGGUGGCGGGCCCUGGUAUUGAGGUCCAAGUUAGUUGGGUUGGGCCUGGGCUGAGUUUGAUCGACUCGUGGUAG